UGCACGCGCUCCCCUCUCGUCCUCCGUCGAUAUCAAGCGUUCCUCUGCCUUCCUUAUUAUUUAUUUAUGAGUAGCCUAACUUAGAAAAAGAAACAGAGGCAGCAACCGGAUUGGAAUACCAGCGUAAUGCAGGAAAAUAUCAAGUCCAAGGAAAGCGGGGGAAACGGGAAAAAAGACGGGGAAAGAGAGAAAAUUAUGUUUUUCUGACGUGCGGACGUUUAUCCUCUCUUCCUUUAUUAUAUAAUAUUUACAGCGUGUCCUUUCUUCCUUUAUUAUAUAAUAUUUACAGCGUAUCUUUUCUUUGUUUGUUUAAACUUAAAGAGAGAAAACAACAACAUCAGCUGGACUUCAGUAUUAAAAACAAAACAACUCCCAAGACAAGCCACGAGUGAGAAAAAGAAAACGAGAGAUGCUUUCUCGUCUUCUCUCCUCUCCUUUCCUCGAUUUUCUUUCGAAGCAACACAAUGGAGUAUUUGUAUCUACUUGGUCGAUGGAUGUGCAACUACUUUAUACCCAUAAGAAUUCGCCCAUCUCCUUUUUUCACUGGGAGAUUUAUCCCGCUGUUGGUCUUCCUCCAUGGCUUCGUUUUCCAUCCCGAUCCGUGCCUCUCCCACCCCCAGCCAUGUCACAUCCUGGCUCGGAUAGGACACACGGUUCGUCUCGGUGCUCUGCUUCCCACCAGACAACCAGCCAGGGUACAUAACGCUCUGAACAGAGCCUUGACCAGCCUGAAGCACCGGGCUGGAGAAGGCAACCCGCCUCUUCUGCCCUACAACCUCACCCUGGAGGUGGUGUCUCGGUCCCCGUCUGGUGGCGACCCUGUCUCCCUGUCCAGGUGUGUGUGUCAGGAGCUGGUUGUGCGAGGGGUGACAGGUGUCCUGGCCUUCCCUCGUUCACCAGAGGAGCUCAUCCACAUCGACUUCCUGUCCUCCUUCCUGGAAAUACCUUUUAUAUCACUACUGGAGGACCUAGAACCACUCAGAGUUAAGAACCGGUUCCAUCUCCAAAUGUCAGUUCGUGUUCCACCUUCUUGCCUGGCCAACCUUCUGCUCUCUGUUCUCCAGGGGGUAGAGGGGGAGACAGAGAGGGGGGAGGGACUACUGAAACAUCUAGAGACACAGAAAGGAACAAAAUGGAAUCUACUGGAUAUCAUCAACCUUACACAUAUAGGAGGGGAGGAGAGGAGGGAGGAGAGAGGAAAGGAGGAGAGGAGGGAGGAGAGAGGGAAGGAGGAGAGGAGGGAGGAGAGAGGGGAGGAGGGAAGAGGGGCUGAGAGAAGUGAAGAAACAGGUCAUGAGACCAGAGAAGACAAGAGGGAAGCUGAGAUCUUGUCUCUCCUCUCCCGUCGUCUUCUUCGCUCCGCCUCUCCUCUCUCCUCCGUGGUCAUCCUUGGUUCCGACCCAGAAUGUCUCUCUUCUGUCCUCCGCUGCGCCCAGCGUCUCGCUCCCUCGCUCCCCGCGCUGCAGUGGAUUAUGGGUAACCCUCUGUCACCUGACUCUCUCCUCUCGCUGGGCGGGCCCCUCGGCCUAUUGGCUUAUGGAGAGGUGGGUCGUAAACCCAUCACCUUCUACAUCCGAGACGCACUGCGGUUGAUUGGCCAGGCGGUGACGUCGGCCAGUGAGGUGAGGCCAGACCUGGCUCUGAUCCAGAACCUGGUCAACUGUUACGACAAACCUAACAAAGAGGAAGUGCCCUCUUCUGGACAGUACCUGGCCAGGUUCCUCUCCAACACGUCGUUCCAGGGUUCUACGGGCACGGUCCGUGUGGCACAUCUCUCCCAGGUCCUCUCCUCCCAGCUGUACCACGUGUGGAGCCUGAAGAGAGGUCCUCUUGGCCAGCCGUCCUGGGUCACCGUGGCCCACUGGACCACCGGGCGCCUACAGCUGGGGAGGGGAUGGAGGCCGGGGAUGGCGGGCCGGAGAUUAAGGGUCGUGACCCUGGUGGAGCAUCCCUUCGUGUUCACUAGAGAGGUGGAUGAGGAUGGGCUGUGUCCCGCUGGUCAGCUGUGUCUGGACCCGAGGACUAACCACUCAGAUCUACUGGACUCACUGUUCGGUCACCUGCACCAGACCAAUACAACUACUACCACUACUGACCACAAGGACCUGCGGAAGUGUUGCUAUGGUUACGUUAUUGACCUGUUGGAGAAGCUGUCGGAGGACCUGAAGUUCACCUUUGACCUUUACAUCGUGGGAGACGGGAAGUACGGAGCGAUGAGCAGCACUGGGAGGUGGACCGGUCUGGUGGGAGACCUGCUGAGUGGAACAGCAGACAUGGCUGUGACAUCAUUCUCCAUCAACUCAGCCAGGAGCAGAGUUAUAGACUUCACCUCUCCAUUCUACUCUACCUCUCUGGGGAUACUGGUGCGUAGCCAAGACACAUCAGCUCCUAUUGGGGCCUUCAUGUGGCCUCUCCAUUGGUCCAUGUGGGUGGGCAUCUUCGUCACUCUUCAUCUUACCGCACUUUUCCUCACCGUCUAUGAGUGGAACAGCCCCUUUGGUAUGACUCCUCAUGGGAGGAACAGACUCAGAGUGUUCUCCUAAGCCCUCAACCUCUGCUACGCCAUCCUGUUUGAGGACUGUCGACUAAGGUACUGUGGGAGGGAGGAGGCUCUCCAGACUCCUAAGUGUUGGACCAGUAGGUUCCUGAUGAACCUGUGGGCCAUCUUCUGCCUGCUGGUGUUGUCCAGUUAUACAGCUAACCUGGCUGCUGUCAUGGUGGGGGAGAAAACCUUUGAACAGGUGUCUGGAAUACAUGACGAGAAGCUGCACCACCCAUCCCGUGGGUUCAGGUUUGGGACAGUCAGAGAGAGCUCUGCAGAGGACUACAUGAGGAAGAGUUUCUCUGCUAUGCAUGACUACAUGAGACGUUACAACCAACCCACCACACCAGACGGAGUGGACAUGUUAAAGACAGAUCCUCCCCUACUAGAUGCCUUCAUCAUGGAUAAAGCUCUAUUGGACUAUGAAGUCUCCAUCGAUGCUGAGUGUAAACUAGCGACUGUGGGCAAGCCUUUUGCUAUAGAGGGUUAUGGUAUGGGUGUUGCCCAAGGCUCUCCUCUCACUGCCAACGUGUCUGAAUUCAUCAGUCGCUACAAGUCAGAAGGGUACAUGGACAUAUUACAUGAGAAAUGGUACAAGGUGGUGCCAUGUGGGAAGCGAGUGUUCACUAACACUGAGAAUUUAUCGAUGGGGAUAGAUCAUUUCUCAGGCCUGUUUGUGAUGUUGUGUGUGGGGGUGGUUGGAGCCAUCUUUACCUUGGCAGCUGAACACACCUUCUAUCACCUAGCCCUGCCCCGGCUACGACGGUCACACACACUUACCUACUGGUUGCAUACCAGCCAGAAGAUCCAUCGAGCCCUGAACACCCCUUACGAGGACGUAGGGAAAGAGUUGAUUGGCCUGGACCACAAUCCCUCCCCUUGUGUCUCUGACAGCUGCAGCCUCCACAGACACCAGCAGCCUCGCCCUCCUCCUCCUCCCCCGUCUUCCCCCCCUCCUCCUCAGCCCUCCUCUCCUGCCCGGGACAUCAAGGAGAACAAGAGGGUCCACUUUGAUCUGGAGAGUCUACACAGCUACCGUCUACACACACACACCGCCUCGUUCUGGGGACGUCCUGGCAUGGUGGGGCGACACGGCCUGGGAGGGUGUCUGGGUGGUUUAUCUCCUCCUCAGGUUAGCCUGCAUGCUAACGGUGGCCCAGCAUCGGCCCUGGCCUCCCCCGGCCUGGUCCUGCCUCCUCUGGGGAACCCAGGCAACCAGGCCUUCCUGUGGGAGGGAGAGCUCCAGGAGGUCCAGGGGAGGAUCGAGACGUUCACAGCCCAGCUGAGAGAUGCCGUGGCCAGGAGGGCCGAGAUACAGACCUGCCUGGAGAACCAUAAAAUGAACCAGAGCACAGCUACUGCUGUCAAACUGGAGAAAGACAAGGUUGGCCAGUCACAAAGCCUGGAGAGAGUGAGAACCAACGCAGAGAAAGAUAGAACCAAGGAAGAGAGAGAGGGGAUCAACCAGGAGAAAAGGAAGAGUGGCAGAUCAAACCUCUGUAGCAGCCUGGACAGAGACAGAGACAGAGACAGAGACAGGACAAGCAGGGACAGUUCCACUGUGAGACAAACAGCCAGACAGGACACAGACAGGGACAGACUGUUACACCAAUCAGAAACUGAGAGAGACAGAGACGACCAAUCAAAAAGCCUGGGCGGAAAUGGGAGCAGCCAAUCACAUGCCUCCAACAUUCUGCAGACAGGGAGGAACAGCCAAUCAGAAGUUCUGAUCAUCCUACAGAGGAGGAGAGAGAUCCAAUCAAAAACCUCUGCCAGCCUGGACAGAGGGACAACCAACCAAUCAGGUGCUGUCAAUACACUGCAGGGAGAAAGAACUGUCCAAUCACGUAACUCCACCAGUCUGGAGAGAGGAAGAGCCAGGCAAUCAGGUGCAGUGAAUGACCAGGAGAGGGGGAGAACUGUCCAAACACGGACAGGGGCUGGUCUGGACAGACUGAGAGCUAGCCAAUCCAGUGCCUGCACUGGGAAUCUGGUUAGAGAAUGUCCCGCCCCCGUGGACACACAGAAGAGUUUGUGUUAGUCGUUUGAUUGGUUAUUUAUUGGAACACAAUAGACCAAUCAGAGGGCUGGAAAAGAAUCUAACAGGUCCAAAUGAUUUACAAGGCAGCGGAUGAAGUAAACAUUAUCAGAGUUUUAAAAAACAAUGACAGAGAUGUGGUACUGGUCCAUUUGCCUCUGAUGUCAACGGCUGCUGUCUGUUAACAAAAUGUCUGAUCAGAACUUUACCCGUCUACUGUUUGUCUCCACUAGGUGUGUUUCCUUUUUGUUUCUAACUACUAAUAGCUCUCUCUCUUCAUCUCGUACCCCUGGGUUGUGUUCACUAGGAACCAAACAGAAGCAAACAGAACAAAACGGGAAGGGACCUACCUGAUUUUGUCCAAUAGAAUCUCUCGUUUUUGUUGCAGAAGGUUUUUCUGUUUGGAGCGAACGGUUUCCGUUGCAAUGGUUUGUGAUUAAUGUAUACACCCCAGGUCUGUAGUCAGUUCUCAGUGGGUCAUUCAAGGUACACAUGGGGCUCCUAAAUGUUCAAUCAAAUGCUAUUUCCACCCGACCGGGUAAGAAUCGGCUAUCCCAGAGGGCAAACUACACGUGUCCACUGUCAUUGUCCUGACUGAUCCUCUAUAAGGACCUUGAGUUGGUUUGAUACUAUGCAGUUGAAUUGAAUUUACUUUAAUGGAAUUUGUAUGUUGGAUGUCAUGGUGGUGUCAAAUGUAACUAUACAGUGACAAUAGUCGAACCUGGAAGUGGAUGAAAAAGGUGGACGUGGAAAGAGAGAAGGCGGUUGUAUUUGAGCCUAUAGUAGGUGUUUUAGAAGAGAUGCAGGUUGCUAGGUUACCUGUAGAGGACCGAGGAGUGUUGUAGAUAUGUUGUUCUGGUGUUGAUGGGUCGUGUUCGGUGUCCCAUUAUGCUGCCUAUAACAACAGCUAUAUGUCUCAUUCUCACACACAACAGAAUUAUAUCAGCAUAUUAUUGGGACUCGUAUCAUGUUGUUGUAUAUCAUUUCCAUUUUUUGAAAUUAAACAUUUAUAUACUGGU